GCCCUGCGGCCACUCAGUGUGAACUCUAAUGUGCAAAAACUGGGAAGGCGAGCCAGUGAUGCAAAGGCAGAUGUAGCAGCGUCCCUUGCACCGCCUCAAAAAGAGGCGCGGCCGGCUGGCUACAACCCGCCCCUCAAUGUUACCAGCUACUAUAUGCGCCAUAUGCUCAGUUUGAUGCACACCAACUCGGACUGUCGCUAUGCGCCAAAUUCGAACAAGAAUGUGGAGAAGACGAUGGGUUACGUGCCGACUUUGACAGCCGGACUCCUCGAUGAGCAGGAUUCACUAACUGAGGGUGAGCAGUUCUUAGAUGCGUACUUUAUCCAGAGUGUUAACCAUAUAGUCUUUAAGUAA